AUGGAGGUCUUUCUUUCCAAGAUCACCAACCAGGCCAUGAACUAUGCGAUUCGGUCUGGCAUUAGUAUCACCGCGACAUAUGCAAUCCAGCAAACUACUAGACUACUCAAAAAUGUUGGUGGUACUGAAAGAACAGAACUUCUCGCUCUACAGCAGAGACUCCAGAGCAAGAUUACGGUCAUCUCACCUGCGAUUGAUAUGAUAGAAUUGAUAGCUGCAAGAGGAAACACAUCGCUCGAAUCCGCAGUAUCUCUUACCAAAGCGAUCAGGCAUGACAUACAGUCACUUGCGCGCCGACUUGAAAAAGCUGCGUCUGCCGAGGAGCUAGCUCACAAAGGGGCAUUAUCGUCUAAAGCACGAGCCCAAAACGAAAUCGAGAUCAAAUUGAUCAUCUCUGAUAUCCGAAAAGUGCUAGAGAAGAUUGAAGAUGCGGUGCCGUUAAUGAAUCUCGCAAUUACGACAUCGGGUGCCCGACUGUCCACUACUCUACCAUCUACGGUCUCACCGUCUCGUCUACUACAAGCUAGCACAUUUCUAUCGGCAUGCGACACACAAUAUUCGAUCCAACCUUCAAGAGCAGUACAAGUUGGUCCUACUUUCACACUAUCGAUGUAUAUGCUUUUUAGCGGUCAUAUAAGACAUUUUGACGAGGAGAACGUCCGGGAGACGACAUGGAAGGAAGUCAUGCACAAAGCUCGAGUGAAAUUACGAAGAGUUCCGAUGGAGGUCUUUGCCAAUCGACCAAAUCAGAAAUUGAGCGACUCCGAUCUUCCUGCCACUGCAAGGGGAGACGAAUUCGCCUAUCAGAUUUUGAUUGUGGAGGAUCUAGAUGAUGGCAGAGUACACAACUUUGAGGAUGGUGAACCACAACCUGAACCUUAUGAAGGAGUCAAGCUUGCUGGUCUUCGAGAAAUCAUUCCCGUCCACCAAAUCUCCAAGAUUUUCUACGCUGAUACCGGUAAGAUGCUUAACAUUGGGAGCGAAGGUGAGACAAACAGUCCAGUGCUCUUGCUCAAGCGAGAUAUCAAUGCUAUUCCGCCACGUCGAAUGAUCGAUAGAAACGAGACAAUGUAUGGCGAACUAAGUGAAGAAACGUCAGAGGAGGAAAAUGAGAAACAGGAAGGACAACGGGAUGAACUUCAGGCACAACUUGAUGCGCAAUUAAACGGUAAGGAACCGGAGGAGGAGGAGUUGAGUUACCUUAAGUCAUUAUCAGAGCGCCAUAUACAUGCAGCUUGGCGUCUUCCACCUGGCUUGGACCCGGAAUGGGUUGCUUUUGAGGUUCAUCAGGAAGAAGAGAAAGAUGACGAGACGGAUAUUGACGAUGAAGAGGAAACACCAGACACCCGUGACGCCAAGUCGCAUAUGGCGAAUUUGAGACUUGAAGACGACAAAGUUUCUUCAUCACAGCAGAUAUCAUUUUCAUCUUCUCGUGAUGUGUCUACAUCCACCGCCUCCAACCCACUUUUCAACAAUAUUCGCACUUCCCUGUCACUACUCGAAACCCUUCUUCGCCUCACAUCCCUCCAACAAUUCCAACAACAAUCUCACCUUUCAAUUACCGAUGAACUACUCAACUUCUUCUUAGAAGAAUCUUCCAGCACCGGCGCAGGAGGCGAUGAACAACACCGCCAACGCGUCCGCGCAGAAGCCCGUCGGAAGGUAGGCUGGGACCCAUACGAUGAGUCACCGCUAAAGCGUCGCGGUGAGGAUUACCAAUACCAGUACAACAACGAGGGACAUUGGACACCAACGGGGACACCAGCCCGAUAUCAGUAUCGAGUGACUAGCGUCGACCCUGCGUCACCUGGUGGUGGAGCGCCGGAAGACCGAUUCCAAGCACGAUCUUAUCGAGAACAAACUCCCCCGCUAUCGUCGCCUGGUCUGCCCCGGCAAAUGGCCAGACAAGCAGCAGCGCCUGCUGGUGGGAAAGGGGGCAGUUUGUCUAGGGUAUCGCCAUUGUCUAAGCGGCUUACUACGGCGCUCACAGAUGAGGGAUUGGGGACAAGUCCUGGAAUUUUCCGGGGACCUGAAUCAAAGUAG